AUGGAGCGAAAAAGUUCAUCGCCAAUGGCCCCCACCUUCAUGGUCUCCGCACCGGGAAAAGUGAUUGUCUUCGGCGAACACGCAGCAGUAUACGACAAGCCAGCCAUUGCAGCUGCAAUCUCACUGAGAUCCUACCUCUUAGUGACAACCCUCUCGAAGUCCCAACGUACCGUCAAGCUCAAUUUCAGAGAUAUCGGCCUGGACCACACAUGGAAGAUCGAUACUCUCCCAUGGGAUGUAUUCCAACAACCAAUCAAAAAGAAAUUCUACUACUCGCUAGUCGACUCCCUGGACCCAGAGCUCCUCGAAGCAAUAAAACCGCACGCAGAAGCGGUAUCCAAAGACCUCCCAGAGAAACAACGCAAGAUCCACAUCCGAUCCGCAACAGCCUUCCUCUACCUCUUCCUCUCGCUAAGCUCACCCGAAAGCCCAGGCUUCAUCUACACCCUGCGCUCAACAAUCCCAAUUGGCGCCGGUCUGGGUAGUAGCGCAAGCGUCUGCGUCUGUCUAAGUGCAGCCCUGCUCCUCCAAAUCCGCACUCUCGCAGGACCCCACCCAGACCAACCACCGGAAGAAGCAGAGACCCAAAUCGAGCGGAUCAACCGGUGGGCGUUUGUGGGCGAGCUGUGUACACAUGGUGAUCCCAGUGGGAUAGAUAAUACCGUCUCGGCCAGUGGGAAGGCGGUCGUGUAUCAGAGGAACGGCGCCAAUGCACCCACCGUCACGCCUCUGACUAAAUUCCCGAAACUGCCUCUCCUCUUGAUUGAUACGCAGCAUGCACGCUCAACGGCGACACAGGUUGACAAAGUGCGAGGGCUUAGGGCGAACCAUGAGCAAUUGACGGAGUCGAUUCUAAAUGGGAUUGGGCAGCUUACGGCUUCGGCGUUGAAGCUUAUUACAUCGCCCGGUUUUGAUAGUCGGGAUGGAAUCUCCCGGACUCUCGAUCAUCUUGGGACAUUGAUCCGUGUUAAUCAUGGAUUCCUGGUUUCACUGGGCGUGUCUCAUCCGCGUCUUGAGCGGAUCCGUGAACUGGUUGAUUAUACUGAUAUUGGGUGGACGAAGUUGACAGGUGCUGGGGGUGGUGGAUGUGCUAUUACGCUUUUUAAGCCGGAUGUGCGGGAGGAGACUGUUCAGGAGCUUGAGCGGGAUCUUGCUGCUGAGGGGUUCCGGAUAUAUGAGACUGUGCUUGGGGCUGAUGGGGUUGGGGUGCUGUGGCCUGCUGUUUUCCGGACUGAGGGGGGGGAAGAGAAAUUUGAGAAUGCGCCUGGGGCUAAGGGGAUUGAGGAGCUUGUUGGAGUUGGGGUGCAUGAGAAUCGUGAGGGGUGGAAGUUUUGGACGCGAUAUAUCUAG